AUGCGUGUGAGAGCACAGAGCGAUUAGACGACUCGUCUCCCUCUCUGCGUCCUCUCACUUCCGCCCACUAUUUCUUCUCGUGGAAGGAAAACGAAAAAAACAUGUCAAAAGCACAGGCGAAAAAAAGAAGAAGACGGGCGGUUGGCAAGAGGUCCCCCCGAAUACGUCGUCAUUUUUUCUCUCAAAAUAUACAAGUUUCCUGGGGUGGAAACCAUCAUGUUUUCCUAUAUGAAUCACUCGUUCGAUUCACAACAUUUUGUGUAUUUAUUUAAACGCACGAAAAAUAAGAGACGUACUUGGGUCUAGUACACCUUUUUUUCGCUGCUUUCGAACGAACAUUGUUUGUUUUUGCGCGCGCGCGCGUUUCCGUGUGCGCAAAGCGAAAAAUUGACCCGAAAAUUGGAGGAUACGAGUUUCUCUUGGUUUUCAAGAGAUUUUGUGGACAAAAGAUCGAUUUUACACUGAAAUUAACUAAAAACGUGAUUUGCAAAGUCAAAUUCAGAAAAACUAAUGAUUGCCUCACAAACACGCAUUUUUCGCCAAACGUUUCAUUAAUUGCUCGUCUCUUCUCAUCUCUUUUUUCAUUUAGGACCGCUGUAGCCUCGCCGCCACGUUUCAUUUAUGCCAGUCAAUCGAUAGCAACAAAACAGUGGGUUUUUGACGAUUUUUCGCCGGAAAAUCGAUAAAAUCUGUGCAGACGUCGUCAAAUUGUCAACAAAUGCCGUCGUCGCCGCGAGAGGCAAACGACAAUAAUCGGCACUUUCAUCUCGGUGAGAUUUUGGCAUUUUUCUGAAAGUUUUUACGAGAAAAAAAAAUUUUCAGGCACAGUUGUAGACCAUCGGACACAUGCCAAACGGUUUUGUAGCAAUAGGAUAAGGUGAGGCUUUGAUUUCGGAUUUUUUAAAAUGUAUAAACGGAAAAAGCGUUAUAUUUAUCAAAUUUCUAAGAAUUUCAGCACGUGCAAAUACAAUGGCUUCUCGUUCCUUCCUCGGUUUUUGUACGAACAGUUCCGGAGGUACAACAACAUAUUCUUCCUCGUCAUCGCCUUACUUCAGGUACUCUUUUUUCGAAUUUUUCCCAACAGCCAUCCUAAAUUCUUCCAAAAUUGCAGCAAAUCCCGGACGUGAGCCCGACGGGACGGUACACGACCGCAGUGCCAUUCCUCAUAAUCCUCUCGGUUUCGGCGCUCAAAGAAAUCUUCGAAGACGUGAAACGACGGAGGAGCGACCACAAAGUCAACGGUUUUUCGGUCGAGAUUCUCGUGGACGGGCGGUGGACCGAACGGCAGUGGCGCGACGUGAAAGUCGGCGAUUUCAUUCGCAUCGACAAUGACAGCCUGUUUCCGGCGGAUCUUUUGCUCAUUUCCUCGUCGGAACAACAGGGAAUGGCGUACAUUGAGACGUCGAAUCUGGACGGAGAGACUAAUUUGAAGAUCAAGCAGGCGUUGGACGUGACCGCCAACGUCACUUCUUCGGAAGGACUCGCCGCUUUCCGGGCUGAAAUCACUUGCGAACCGCCCUCUCGACAUGUCAACGAAUUCAACGGAAACAUUGAGAUUAACGGUAAGUUAGUAGGACACUGAUGCAAUUUUAAAAGAGGUCAGAACGGUAGAACAUUUGAUAAAGAGAGUAUUCAGGUGUGCAACGACACUUUGGCAUCGAUCAGCUGCUGCUCCGCGGCGCCCGUCUCAAGAACACGGCGUGGAUAUUCGGCGCGGUCAUCUACACGGGACACGAUUCGAAACUGCUGAUGAACUCGAAGCGCGCGCCGUUGAAGAGCGGAACGAUCGACGUGCAGACCAACUAUCGCAUAAUUUUCCUCUUUUUCGUCCUGGUCGCACUCGCGUUGAUAUCGGCACUCGGAUCGGAAAUCUGGCGGUCCGGCAACAUUCCGCAGGCCUGGUACUUGUCGUUUUUAGGUUCGGUUUUCAUGAGAACUUUGUCAUUCUUCACACAAAAACCUCCGCAUGUGCACUUUUCGACAUAGUUGCCACGGGCCGGGCCGGGCCGGGCCGGGCCGGGCCGAAAUUUCCAAAACUCCGGCCCGGCCCGGCCCGUCGGCCCGGCCCGGCCCGGCCCGGCCCGACCCGGCCCGGCCCGGUCGGCCCGGUUCAAAAAGCGGGAAUUCAAAAUUUGAAUUAUUGAUCGCAUGAAGCCAUUUUUUGUAGAAUUAGGGGUUUUUUGCAAGCAUCGAACAUUGAAAAAAACAAAUGUAUUUCUCAUAAAAAAAUUCAUAAUAGCAAAAACAAAGAAGAAACACUAAAACUUUAGUUCGAAAAAUUUUUUUGUAAUAACGAAAAAUUUCCUCGAAAAAUUUUAAUUCCCGCCUUUUUGAACCGGGCCGACCGGGCCGGGCCGGGCCGGCACUUUACCGACCCUGGCCCGGCCCGGGCCGGCACUUUACCGGCCCGGCCCGGCCCGGCCCGGGCCGACCCGGGCCGGCCCGCAUGGCCGGCCCGAAAUCUGGCAAGUCUGCUUUUCGAGUUUGUUGGCUGAAAAUUUUAGCCACUUUUUAGAGUGAUUUGCUCAAAAACGGUUAAGGGCCACACUUUUUCCUAAUUUUAUCAAUUGUACACUGAACAAUUUGCAGAACACGAUCCGAAAGGCUCAUUUCUGUGGGGCGUGCUCACCUUCUUCAUUCUCUACAACAAUCUGAUUCCGAUUUCGUUGCAAGUCACUCUCGAAAUUGUGCGCUUCUUCCAGGUAUGAUUAUGGCCUAGAAAAACCUCUUCCAUCAUCGCUUAAACGUUUUAGGCCAUCUACAUCAACAACGACAUCGAAAUGUACGAUGUGAACAGCGAUUCGUGCGCGAUCGCCCGCACUUCGAACUUGAACGAGGAACUGGGACAGGUCAAAUUUAUAAUGUCCGACAAAACGGGCACUCUGACGCGGAACGUGAUGAAGUUCAAGCGAGUAUCGAUCGGAAAUCGGAAUUAUGGAAACAACGAGGACGAUGAGUUCGCCGACCCGAGACUUUUGACGGAUUUUCAUAAUGGCGAGCACUCGGAUGCGAUUCUAGAGCUGCUGAAAAUGAUGGCGGUGUGUCAUACGGUCGUGCCGGAGCACAAAGACGGUCAGCUCGUCUAUCAGAGUUCGUCGCCCGACGAAGCGGCGUUGGUACGAGGCGCCGCCUCCCAGGAUGUCGUCUUCCACACCCGACAACCGCAGAAAGUGAUUUGCAAGGUUUUCGACGAAGACGUCACCAUUGACAUCCUCGACGUUAUUGAUUUCACGUCGGACCGCAAACGGAUGAGCGUCAUUGUGCGGGAUAACGGCGAGAUUAAGUUGUACACGAAAGGAGCGGACACGGUGAUUUUCGAGCGACUCGUCCAGGACCACAACUCGGAAGAGGCCGAAAAAUGUUGUAUAGAGCAUUUGGAGGACUAUGCCUCAUUUGGAUACCGGACAUUGUGCUUCGCGACCCGGAAACUUACGGAGCAGGAGUAUGCGCAAUGGGCGCCAGAGUACAAAAAGGCCAUUCUGGCUAUUGAAAACCGUUCCCAACUCUUGGCCUCGGCGGCCGAGAAACUGGAAACCGAAAUGAUUCUUCUGGGCGCGACGGCAAUAGAGGAUAAGCUGCAGGAAUGGGUGCCAGAGACCAUCCAAGCACUCAUGGCCGCAGAUAUCCGAGUCUGGAUGCUGACGGGCGACAAACGCGAAACGGCAAUCAACAUAGCUCACUCGUGCGCCCUGGCUCAUCCGCACACCGAAUUAUUGAUUGUCGACAAGACGACGUACGACGAGACGUUCCAUAAACUCGAGCAGUUUGUAGAGCGGGCUGUCGAGUUGGAAAGGCAGGAGAAGGAGUUUGCGAUGGUGAUCGACGGCAAAUCGUUGUUGCACGCGUUGACGGGCGAGGCGCGCAAGCACUUUGGAGACCUCGCACUGAGAUGCCACGCAGUCGUGUGCUGCCGAAUGAGCCCGAUGCAGAAGGCCGAAGUCGUGGAGAUGGUGCGGAAGUUGGCGAAACACGUGGUGCUUGCGAUCGGCGACGGCGCCAACGACGUCGCGAUGAUCCAGGCGGCCAACGUGGGCGUCGGCAUUUCUGGCGAAGAGGGUCUGCAGGCGGCGUCGGCCUCCGACUACGCGAUCCCGAGAUUCCACUUCCUUCGGCGACUCCUACUCGUGCACGGCGCCUGGAAUCACGAUCGAUCCGUCAAAGUGAUCCUCUACUCGUUCUACAAAAACAUUUGCCUGUACAUCAUCGAACUCUGGUUCGCCAUCUUCUCCGCCUGGUCGGGACAGACCAUCUUCGAGCGAUGGACGAUCGGCAUGUUCAAUGUGAUAUUCACCGCGUGGCCGCCCGUCGUACUCGGACUCUUCGAUCAUCCCGUGCCUGCCGAUCAGAUCAUGAAGUAUCCGGCACUCUAUGCAAGCUUCCAGAAUCGAGCGUUCAGCAUUGGGGUACGGUUUUGUCACGGCGCUCCAAACGUCACGGCGCUCUAUCUUGGAAUGUUUAUAAGGUUUGUAACUUUCAGAACUUUUCGCUCUGGAUCGGCCUGGCAAUUGUGCACUCGCUCUCGCUGUUCUUCCUGACGUACGCGACACUGGAGAACCAGGUGGUGUGGGCGGACGGACGGGCGGGCGGCUGGCUGAUGCUCGGCAACUGCGCCUACACGUUCGUCGUGGCGACCGUCUGCUUCAAAGCGCUGCUCGAAUGCGACUCGUGGACGUGGCCCGUCGUCGUCGCGUGUCUCGGAUCCAUCGGCCUCUGGAUCGUCUUCGUCAUCGUCUACGCGCUCGUCUUUCCGCAUUUGGGCGGAAUCGGCGCCGAUAUGGCCGGAAUGGCGUGGAUUAUGAUGUCGUCGUGGACGUUCUGGCUCGCACUCCUCUUCAUUCCCAUCGCCACCCUUUUGUGGGAUCUCGUUAUCAAAAGGUAGCAGCUGUUUGAUUUCACUUUAAAAGAAAAUCUCUCGUUUUUUUUUGCAGUCUGUUCACGAUCGCAAUGCCGACGCCGCGCGAGCUGGCGGUGAUGUACAACAAGCGGAAUUCGUCGUUGAACGGAUUCGAACGGUUAGCCAGGUUGGCUUGCGCAUUCGCUUCUUCUCUCUCUUUCUCGUUUCCACUUUGGUUUUUGUUUCCCAAUCAAUCGAUAAUAGAGCGGGUCGCCUGGACACAGAGAAAUAUUGUGUGAAUUUACAGCAAACGCGUCCACCUUCAAACCAUUCUAGUAGGCAUUGAACGCAGGUUUAAGGCAUGCGAAUGGGUCUAGUUGCGGGUAAGAAAGCGACAGUGUUUACGUUAGUAUUGUGACAGUGAAAGUGAAAGUGAAUAUUGUCCAUUUCCUAAAAAAAAAAACGGAGUACAUUGUGAUACGAAUGGUGCCUGACAGAAUGUGUGCUCGUUUUCUGGAGCUAGUGGUUAGUGCCAAAGUAUAGUAAUCCUACAGUAACCCGUUUUGGGAGAUGGUCUCGCCGCGAAAGCUUUCCAAAAUGCAAAAAAUGGUUUUGAACAUUUGAAACAUUCCCUUCGAAUCGCCUCCCCCCCCCAGACCCGAUAUUGUCGUGUUUUGCGUUUGUGUGCGUGCGUGUAAGUCAAUUUUUUGGUCCGCAUCGUCAUUGUUGUUCACUUUUUCAGCGCUCUUUUCUCUGUGUUGUCGUCCAGGUGCUCUGCUGCUCUUUCUCUCUCUCUCUCUCUCUCUCUCUCUCUCUCUCUCCCGUCGACGUGUCAUUUUCUUGCUCUUCUUUUAGCUCGUGGGCCGCCAAUCAGGGACCGACCAAGGACGGCGCGCACGUCUUCGCCAACCGAUUCAGUCUCCGCAAGAGAAUCGCGCCGACGCAGAGUGUUGUGCCGGAAAAAAAUCCGUUGAGAAAUGGCCAGAACGCCGGCGCAUCGUCGUCGCCAGAGUACGGUAGCACGGAAAUGUCGACGUGGCAUCGGAUGCGCAACGGAAAACAGUCCUAUACGAAUAAUGGAUUUGUUGGCGACCACCGCGCGGACAGUGUUAAUGUGACCAGAAUUGUGGUCAAUGAGGAUUCGGAUGCUCCGCCCAGGAGCACUCGACUCUGAGGGACCGUCUUCGUCUUCGUCUCUUUUUGUGUAUGUUUCUCCUCGAGAAGUCGUUUUAGAAGGAAGUUGUGAAAAAACUGGAAAAAAUUGAUCGAGGUGGUACCAAACGAUGAGCGAAUUUAUGAUAUUAACAGUGUUCGCUUGAUAGACCUGUCUGAUGUUAUACGAAUUUUUGAAGUCAAUUCAGGGAAUUGACCUUGAAAAUUCGAAUGAAAUCGGUCAGGACUAGUAGGCCGAUACUGCCAAAGUCUGCAAAUUCUCUCAUCUUGUGGUACCACUCUGAUCAAUUUGUUUUGCAGACUUUUCACAAGUUUAACACUUUCUAAAAGGACGUUUAUGUGCAUUUUUGUGUAGUGACGUGUCUGCCUGCCUUUUCACCUGCUUUUCCCCUUUGCCCCCCGCUUUUUUUUGACCGAUUGAGAAGAGAGGGAGAAAAUGAAAGAAAAGAGCAUGAUAUUUGUAGAACAAUGGUUUUUAGGGCACUUUUAACUCUUCACCUCAUUACAUCACUCUGCUAACGCCGGGGAUUUCUUCAAAGGACCAUAUCCCGUCUGAAUCCAAACUCGCAGAAAUGCCUAUGAACGGAUCGGUGCGCAAUCAAAGUUGGUGGCCGUGGCCUAGGAAAACCUGAGCUUUCUAGGCCACACAACUUUGAUUGCGCACCGAUCCGUUCAUCGGCAUUUCUGAGAGUUCGGACUCGGAGAGUUCACUGGUCGUUUCUGAUUGUUAUUUGGAAUGAUAGGUUGAAAAUUGUGAAUUCCCUAUGGCCGAAUGGAAACUUAUUCGGAAAGCUAUGCUGGAUUUGAAGCAAAAUGCUCUUAGAAUCAUAGACGUUCAGAAUUUCGCUAGAGAUUUUAGGAGAAUGUAGAUAAGAAACCGCUUUUACCCUGGUCCCUGCUUACACCCCCUUCUCAUUGAAUCCUCGUGCAUUCGUCUGCCCUCUGGUCGUUGUGACAUCCAUCACAGUACAGUACACCUUCAUCUAACUACACACAUACAUUCGUAAAUCUCAUUCAAAUCAUGUGUUUGCAGCUACUCGUCGAACGUCAUCGAAAACAUGCGUCUGCUGACGUCGUCUCUGCGCGGAAGCACCGCCAACGGAAUGCGCUCGAGGAAUGCUUCGGAGGCGUCGUUGGCGUUGGCUGAACAGACUAGAUGUAAGUUUUUGGGCACGGAAUGAUGUUCAUUUGAAAAAAUGCGGGCGAAAGUUUGGUUUUGAGCAUUCAGGGAACAUCGAAAAUGGUUUAUUCUUGCAGACGGCUACGCAUUUUCGCAAGACGAAUCGGCGGCAGUGGCGCAGACGGAACUCAUCCGAAACGUGGAUUCGACUCGUCAAAAACCCACCGGAAGAUGA